GAUCCAUCAAAGUUCUUCUAUUGCGUUGCUUCAUCAAACAAACCUUCUUCCUUCCUUCUCUUUUUCUCCAGGUUUAUUUGUGUUCACUUUUGGAAUUCCUAAAACUAAAGAGAUGUCUUAUGCUUACCUCUUCAAGUAUAUUAUCAUCGGAGAUACUGGAGUUGGAAAGUCAUGCCUUCUUCUGCAGUUUACCGACAAGAGGUUCCAGCCCGUGCAUGACUUAACCAUAGGUGUCGAGUUUGGGGCGAGAAUGAUCACAAUUGACAACAAGCCAAUAAAGCUCCAAAUAUGGGAUACGGCUGGACAAGAAUCUUUCCGCUCAAUUACAAGAUCCUAUUACAGAGGUGCUGCUGGUGCUUUGCUAGUUUAUGAUAUCACAAGGAGGGAGACUUUCAAUCACCUGGCUAGCUGGCUGGAAGAUGCAAGGCAGCAUGCGAAUGCAAACAUGACAAUUAUGCUUAUUGGCAAUAAGUGUGAUCUUGCUCAUAGAAGAGCAGUUAGCACUGAGGAAGGUGAACAAUUUGCCAAGGAGAAUGGAUUGAUAUUUAUGGAGGCCUCAGCAAAGACUGCUCAAAAUGUUGAGGAGGCGUUCAUAAGCACAGCUGCCACAAUAUACAAGAAGAUUCAGGAUGGUGUCUUUGAUGUAUCAAAUGAGUCCUAUGGAAUAAAAGUGGGAUAUGGAGGAGUUCCAGGGACGUCUGGAGGAAACAGCGGGGCUGCUUCUCAAGGUGGGGGUUGUUGCAAUUGAAAGUCCUGUGUAUCGGGUAUUACACUCAAGUUUACGUUUCUUCUUGUGCUUCUUUACUUUUCUCAACUCUCUAUAUUCAAUAUUAGUUGGUUUAUCUUUGCUAGCUGGAACUUGGACUACUCUAUAUGCAAUUAUACAAAAUUGUGAAGUAUUUGUAAUAUCCCCGGAUUCUCCAUCGCUUGUAAAUUCCUUUGUGCUUUAAAGAUUUAUUUUUCAUGGUUUCAAAGUUGUUGUA